AUGGAUCUAAAAGAGUCGAAAGUGGAUCAGGCACCCACUGUGGAGAAGGAUGUUGCACUCGGGGAGGUCCAUGAUAUCGGCGCCAAUCUAUAUGUGGAAGCCGAGCAGCUAUCAGCCGAAGAGUUGGAGCGAGAAGGUGCUGAGGUGCUUCGUAUUCUAGACUGGAGGAUCAUGCCCAUUCUCUAUGUCACCUAUGUGAUUCAAUUUCUCGACAAACUAUCUCUAAACUAUGCCUCCGCCUAUUCUCUCAUCCCCGAUCUUGGACUUGAAGGACAGAAAUACUCUUGGGUAGCUGCUAUCUUUAAUUUUGGAUAUCUCUUCUGGGCCAUUCCUGCCAAUCUUUUGAUCCAAAAGCUCCCUGUCGCAAAGUAUAUGGGCGGUAUGCUUCUAACCUGGAGCAUACUUGUCAUUGCCCAUAUCGGAGCAAAGAACUAUGCGGGGAUCCUAGUGCUCAGAUUCUUGUUAGGCAUGGCCGAGGCCGGAGUUAGCCCUUGCAUGAUGGUCAUAACAUCGAUGUUUUACCGGCGCUCCGAGCAGCCUCUGCGCAUGGCUAUUUGGUUGAGUGCCAACGGCAUGGCGACUAUGGUUGGAGCCCUUUUAGGAUUUGGUCUCGGACACUCGCACAACACGACACUUCAUAGCUGGCAGCUAAUCUUUCUAACGAUUGGACUCCUCAACUUCGUUUGCGGUGGUGUCUUCCUCGUGCUAAUGCCCGGCUCUCCCAGCUCUGCGCGAUUCUUAACCCAUCGCCAAAAGCUUGUAGCCGUGCGGCGAGUAGCAGAGAACAUGAUCGGAGUGAAGACUAAACAGAUCAAACCUCGACAGGCAUUAGAGAAUAUCUACGAUGUGAAAGUGCUUUGCUGUGCGGGAAUUGGCAUCGCAUGUGGUGUGAUUAAUGGCGGCGUGUCGAACUUUGCCUCUUCAUUAAUCAAAGGAUUCGGAUUCAGUGGAAUCUAUGCCACCCUUCUCCAACUACCCACGGGUGCUUUUGAGGCUGCCAUAGUCCCAAUAUGCGGUAUUGUUGCCACCUAUGUCCCCAAUUCACGCUGCAUAGUUCUUGCUAUUGUGUGUCUGAUUCCUUUCGGUGGUCUACUUGGUAUCCGAUUUACCAGUCUCGACCACCGAUGGACUUUAGUCGGAUGUACCUGGCUCCAGUAUAUCAUUGGCGCGCCAGUGAUUGUCUCUUGGAAUCUCCUGUCUACGAAUGUGGCCGGUCAUACCAAAAGAGCUGUCGCCAACGGCAUUUGGUUUACGAUGUAUGCUGCCGGAAACGUUGCAGGGGCCAACAUCUUUUUCGCUCGCGAAGCCCCGCGAUACUAUUCUGCCCUUACUGGGCUAUUGGUUUGCUAUGCGGGAAUAAUCUUUCUCUCCGUCAUGGUAUACAUCUCGAUGAGAUGGGACAAUACACGGAGAGAGAAGAGGGCCAACGCUGAGAACCUUGCCGGAGAAGAUGUUGCUUCCCAGGCUAUUUUAGAUGGUUUCAAGGAUAUGACGGACAUGGAGUCCAAGCAUUUUAGAUACGCCCUCUGA